GGAGGCAGCGGUGGCGGUUGGUUCGUACCCAUCAACUCUCAGAGCCAUGAGCCGAAAGAAUCCCUCGCUUCAGUUCCCGCUGUUGCUGCUGCUGCUGACGCCACAACCCCCGGUCCUGUUUGCAGACACUGCGGCGCCCUCACCGGUCAACCCCUGUUGUUACUACCCGUGUCAGAACCAGGGCGUCUGUGUCCGCUUUGGCCUCGACCGCUACCAGUGUGACUGUACUCGCACGGGCUUCUCGGGCCCCAACUGUACCAUCCCUGAGAUCUGGACCUGGCUGCGGAACUCCCUGCGGCCCAGCCCCUCAUUCACACAUUUCCUGCUGACUCACGGGCACUGGUUCUGGAAGUUUGUGAAUGCCACCUUCAUCCGUGAAGUGCUCAUGCGCCUGGUGCUCACAGUACGGUCCAACCUGAUCCCCAGCCCCCCAACCUACAAUUCGGCACACGACUACAUCAGCUGGGAGUCCUUCUCCAACGUGAGCUACUACACCCGUGUCCUGCCCUCCGUACCCAAAGACUGUCCCACACCUAUGGGGACCAAAGGGAAGAAACAGCUGCCAGAUGUUCAGCUUCUGGCCCAGCGCCUGCUGCUGAGAAGGAAGUUCACUCCUGCCCCGCAGGGCACCAACAUCAUGUUUGCCUUCUUUGCACAACACUUCACCCACCAGUUCUUCAAGACCUCGGGAAAGAUGGGUCCUGGCUUCACCAAGGCCUUGGGCCAUGGGGUGGACCUUGGUCACAUUUAUGGAGAUAACCUGGAACGACAGUAUCGCCUGCGGCUCUUCAAGGAUGGGAAACUCAAGUACCAGGUGCUGGGCGGAGAGGUGUACCCGCCUUCCGUGGGACAGGUAUCCGUGUUGAUGCACUACCCGCCGGGGGUCCCGCCCGAGAAGCAGAUGGCCGUGGGCCAGGAGGUGUUUGGGCUGCUCCCGGGGCUGAUGCUCUUCUCCACCAUCUGGCUGCGCGAGCACAACCGCGUGUGCGACCUGCUGAAGGAGGAGCACCCCACCUGGGAGGACGAGCAGCUCUUCCAGACCGCCCGCCUCGUCCUCAUAGGGGAAACCAUCAAAAUUAUCAUUGAAGAGUACGUGCAGCACUUGAGCGGCUAUUUCCUGCAGCUCAAGUUUGACCCGGAGCUGCUGUUCCGAGCCCAGUUCCAGUACCGCAAUCGCAUCGCCAUUGAGUUCAACCAUCUCUACCACUGGCACCCACUCAUGCCCGACUCCUUCAGAGUGGGCUCACAAGAGUACAGCUACGAGCAGUUCUUGUUUAACACCUCCAUGCUGGUGGACUACGGUGUUGAGGCGCUGGUGGACGCCUUCUCUCGCCAGAGGGCUGGCCGGAUUGGUGGAGGCAGGAACUUUGACCCCCAUGUCCUUCACGUGGCCAUAGAUGUCAUCAAGGAGUCCCGAGACUUACGCCUGCAGCCCUUCAAUGAGUACAGAAAGAGGUUUGGUAUGAAGCCUUACAGCUCUUUCCAGGAGCUCACGGGAGAGGAGGAAAUGGCUGCGGAGUUACAGGAGCUGUAUGGCGACAUCGACGCUUUGGAGUUCUACCCGGGGCUGCUCCUGGAAAAGUGCCAGCCCAACUCCAUCUUUGGGGAGAGUAUGAUAGAGAUUGGGGCUCCGUUUUCCCUCAAGGGCCUCCUAGGGAAUCCCAUCUGUUCGCCGGAGUACUGGAAGCCGAGCACGUUCGGUGGUGAGGUGGGCUUCAACCUCGUCAACACAGCCUCGCUGAAGAAACUGAUUUGCCUCAACACCAAGACCUGCCCCUACGUCUCCUUCCGCGUGCCAGACUACCCAGGAGAGGACGGCUCGGUUGUAGAGCGACCAUCCACGGAGCUCUGAGGGCGCAGGGAAGCAGCCUUCUGGAGGGAGGAGCUUUGCUCCUGAGAGGGAUGGUCUUCAGUGUUGGUUUCCCUGUGUGGCCUUGUGAGAGCCGGCACUGACGUUUAGAACUUUGGAUCUCACCGUUGUCUAGAAUGUUGUGACUUUGCCAUUCUAGGAUGCUGAAUUCUUUUUUAACUAAGAAAGUUGGGAGUGGUUUUCUCUGGUUUCCCAGAGCUUGGCUCCUUGUUGGCAACCCAGAAGGUCAGAUUUCCAGUCGAUUUGGAAUACAGGCCUAAAACUUUAUAUAAUAAGGCAGGGGGUGGUUGCACAUACACCUUAAUCCCCAGCACUUGGGCGGCAGAGGCAGUUGGAUCUCUGAGGAUGAGGCCAGUCUGGAUUACAUAGUGAGUCUAGGCCAGCCAUGGCUGCAGAGUGAAACCCUGUCUCAAACAAACAACUUUAGAAUGUAGAACUCCUUAAAAAAAAAAAAAAAUCCCUUGAAAGUUAAAGGGGUUCUUAAUUUUCCUUCUAGAAUGUGGGGGCAUCUCUGGAACGUUGCCUAUCUGAUCGUUGACUCAGAAGGUCAUGUUCCUGGGCAGUGAUCCAUAACAUGGGCCAAAACAGUCGUUGCCUGAAUGUCUAGAAUGUGGAUUGGCUCCAUUUUCCUGUUCAGUGAAAUGGACACAGAACAAAAGAACCCAGUGUCCAACAAGGACUGCCUUGCCCAAGCAUGUGUGUACAGCAAAGGGCAAGGAAGUGAGGUUGCGUUCUUGGGAGCCACACUUAGACCCUUUCCAAUGAUGCAGAGGGCGUAUGUGGACUCUUCCACAAUCUUGGUUGGAAGCCACCACAGCUCUGUCCCUAUACAGGUCUUUGCCCAUGGCAGCUGUUUCUUUUAAUAAAAUUCUCUU